AUGCCAGAUUUGCGGGAGUUGUCCAAACGCGAACGACGUUUGCUUUCAACAUUGAGCGGUGUAGAGAAAUUCGUCACCAAUUAUGAAACUCCCCGAGACGAAGCGCAAAUCGUCGUUCGUUUGCAGAUGUUGGAAUCAGCAUGCAAAGAAUUCUACGAAGUGAGGGAGAAAAUUGAGCUGCUUCUUGAAACGACGAGUAGUAAAUCGGACGAUGACGAAUCCGCCAAGGUGAAGCAAGAAGAAGAGAACAAUCAAGCGUUGACCAGUUUUGAGGAUAGGUAUUGCUUAGCAAAAGCUAGUCUGUUAUCAGUACAAUCUGCAACCAUUUCUACCACGUCAAAAAUGGAUCAACUUGGCGAUCAUUCCGGCGUAUCCUACUCAAAAGUGAAGCUGCCAGAGAUUCGUCUUCCAUCAUUCGAUGGGAAGAUCAAGGAGUGGGUUACAUUCCGCGACAGUUUUCGUAGCCUAAUUCACGAGAACAAGCAGCUCACCGACGUGGAUCGAUUUAGCUACUUGAAGUCAGCUUUGUCGGGAGAAGCUAUACAGGAAAUAGAGUCUGUGGAGUUUUCUGCUGUUAAUUAUAGCGUAGCAUGGGAAGCGCUGGAGUCCCGCUACGAAAACAAAAAGUUAAUUGUGAAGGCACACUUGGAUUCCCUCUUCGCGGUUGAAGGUUUGAAACAAGAAAGCUACCAAGGGCUGAACAAUCUAGUUGGAGUAUACGAAAAAAAUCUGCAAAUGCUUCAAAAGAUCGGCGAACAAACUAGUGGAUGGAGUACGAUUCUGGCCCACAUGGUGUCUUCCCGGCUGGAUCCUGCCACAUUACGGCAGUGGGAAACGCACCACAACUCCAAAGAGGUACCUACCUACAACAGUCUUAUCACCUACUUGCGCAGCUACUGUUCAGUCCUGCAAUCCGUUGCUCCAACGAAAUCUAACUAUUCUGAUCAACGUGCACUGAAGCCGUCUGUAUGUCACACUGUUGUCAAAUCAUCGCACAAGUGCCCAUUCUGCAACGAAGCGUGGCAUUCUGCUUUUGUGUGUAGCACAUUUCAACGUUUGAUGGUUCCAGAACGUAAUGAGGCGGUUUUCAAAGCAAAAUUGUGCCGAAAUUGCCUGAGCCCUGGCCACUUUGCCAGGAACUGUGAAAGAGGUGUUUGCCGUCACUGUGAACAAAAGCACCACACCCUGCUACAUAGCGCUCCUACCAGAUCCUCCGUUUCACAAUCGCAAACAAAUCCUCCGAUUCAAAACAAUCGACAGCCACAAUCCAAUUCACCAAACCCGAACCAACCGACACAAAUCGAAAGCACCUCUAUGCACACCAAUUUGCAAGAACAAAGCACUUUAGACCCAGUCACAAAUACAGCCACAAGUCAGACACACGUUGCACUCCCAAUCACACCCACACACAACAUCCUACUUUCAACCGCCCUCGUCAAUGUUAAAGAUCGGUAUGGUAAUACCAUGCUGGCACGAGCUCUGCUGGAUUCAUGUUCUCAGCACUGCUUGAUGACGAAGGAAUUUUCUAGCCGACUAAGAUUCCACGAAGUUCCAUCAUAUCUAUCCGUUCAAGGUAUCGGACUAUCUGCAAGUACUUCUACCAGAUUAGUCAGUGCGGUAGUUAGUUCAAGAAAUGAUCGCAUUUCAUCAUUCGCACAAGAGAUGCAUUUUCAUGUCCUUCCACGAUUAACGGUUUCACUACCGACGGCAAGGUGCGAUCCUGGGGAAUGGAAGCUUCCAGAGUCAUCACUCUGGGCUGAUCCUCGGUUUUAUGAGCCAGGUCCAGUAGAUAUCAUUAUCGGUGCGGAAUUCUACAUGGAUCUCUUGGUGAACGAGCAACGCAAGGCAACUGUAGGGGGUCCCACGCUUCAAAACACUGAACUGGGAUGGAUCGUCUCCGGAAAGGUUCCGGAUAGUACUCUCAGUGAAUCACAAUCGCUUAUCGUCGUCUGUUCCACUUCCGACCUUCAAGAUCAACUUGCCAAGUUCUGGGAGCUGGAAACAUGUCGUAGCCAGAGUACACUCUCUGUUGAGGAGUCAACCUGUGAGGAGCAUUUUGAUCGGACAACGAUCAGAGACGAGACGGGGAGAUUCAUCGUUACGCUGCCAAAGAAAAACAUGAUACUUGGCCAGUUGGGCCAUUCAGAAACCACUGCGAUUAAACGACUGAUAGGCAUGGAACGUCGUUUCUGCGGAAAUCCAGAGCUAAAGAAGAUGUAUACCGAGUUUAUCCAAGAAUAUCUUGAGCUUGGACAUAUGAAGGAAGCUGCGGAGGAAGCAAAAGACGCUGUCACAAGAUAUUACCUUCCGCAUCAUGCUGUUUUCAAACCAGAAAGCACAACCACGAAGCUACGUGUAGUCUUCGAUGCUUCUUGUCCAACUUCAACAGGAAUUUCAUUGAAUGAUGCUCUUCUGGUGGGUCCUGUCUUGCAGGAUGAUCUGACUAGUAUUACUCUUCGCUUUCGCACCCAUCGUAUUGCUGUGAAUGCUGAUAUCGCCAAGAUGUACAGAAUGAUCGGAGUUCAAAGAGAAGAUCAUCCAUUGCAGAGUAUUAAAUGGCGAAACGAUAUUUCUGAACCAAUUCGUACGUUUGAGCUGUCAACUGUUACUUACGGAACAUCAUCAGCUCCGUACUUAGCCACAAAAUGCUUGCAACGCCUUGCAGAUGAUGGGGAAUCCACACACCCAAUAGCAUCCAGAGUGAUCAGGAAAGACUUUUAUGUCGACGACAUGCUUUCCGGCGUAGAUACGUUAGCAUUAGGUCAGAGGAUGGUUCGUGAUAUCAUUGAACUUUCUGAAUCAGCAGGAUUCUUGCUUCGAAAGUGGAACUCUAACAGUAAAGAACUUCUUGAAGUCGUACCGAAAACUUGA